AACUGUCACGCCAACAACGUUGCUACCCCUGUUCAGAUGAAAUGAAAGAAGCAGACAUAACAAAACAAGAAUUUUCCAUUUGAAGUGUUUGAUAAAAGAGAAUCAGAAAAGGUGAAAAACGCUCAUAUCGGUGAAAAAUCUGUGAAAACUAUUAAUCACGAAUUUGUGUGAAGUUAGCAACGCGCGUGAAAUUUUUAUUAGUUAUAAAUUAGAUCUAUGACGAGUAGUACGUAAAAAAGUGAGAACGGACACGCAACCAAACAAGAAAAAGAAAACAUUGAAUAAGAUUUUAAGAGGGGUGUGCGGUACGUACGGCGGUAUCCAGACCUAUAGAAGUGAGACCUUGAGAAAAAAGACGACGAAUAUUGCUUAGGACAGUGUAAGGCGGAGCACCAAGGAAUGGCGUAUGAUCUCCAGCAGUCAUUGUGAAUACAAAAAAAUCGGAAAAGUUAAUAAUUAUUUUACAAGUGAAAACUAGUUGUAGAGAUAUUGUACUAAAAGUGUUUGUCCAUAAUGCCAAAAGUAAUGGGAUCAAUUGAUGCGGAAGGGAAUGUGACCGCCGGGUCCCAUAGUGGACGUGAGGCACGCAAUUUAGCCGAAAAGCAACGCCGGGACAAAGUAAAUGCAAGUAUACGAGAACUAGCUACCAUAGUGCCGCAGGCGGCGGAUUCAUCGCGACGAUUGGACAGGACCGGUAUACUAAGGUGUGCAGCGCAUGGUUUUCGUUUGCAGUACAUAUUUGGUAAAUCAGUGCCAAGAAAACAGACAAUGCAUGAGCUCUCACAAGAUCCACAUUUUGCGGAUGCGUUGACAUACUUAUUAGACAGCUUCUUUAUAACAUUAACCUGUCAUGGACAAAUUGUCGUAGUAUCAAACAGUGUGGAGAAAUUACUCGGACAUUGCCAAUCGGAUCUCUAUGGACAAAAUAUACUGAGCAUAACACAUCCAGACGAUCAUCCGAAUAUGCUGCAACAACUAAUACCACGUGACAUGGAAGCACUAUUCCGUUGUAGUCACGAAUAUCAAAUGCAGCAGCAAAAUAAUGAUAGUAACAGCAAUGAAAACACUGAUACGUUGAGAGACAUCAAUGAACGCUUGCGUAAUGAUAAACGUUCAUUUGUUGUACGUCUAGCACGGGCGGGUACACGUUCAGAGGCGAAUCGAAAGUAUGAAUUGGUGCGAAUUGAUGGCUGUUUUCGACGCAGCGACUACUCCUGCUCAAAUGGCACAUUUCCCAUUGUUUCACAUGUUUUACGGCGGACACGUUACAAUGGCACUGAAGGUGUCCAUGCAAUGCAGCAUGAUGUUAUAGCGCAAGCCGCACUACACGGCAUCAGUGGCAACGAUGUGGUGCUUGUAGCUAUGGCACGCAUCAUACAUACACCAAAGAUUACCCAUUAUCUAACGAGCGAGAAUAGCGGACGCAUGGAAUAUAGAACACGCCACUUAAUAGACGGACGAAUAAUUGACUGUGAUCAGCGUAUCGGGCUGGUGGCUGGAUACAUGAGAGAUGAGGUCUACAAUCUUAGCCCAUUCUCUUUCAUACACCACGAUGAUGUGCGUUGGGUAAUUGUCGCGUUACGCCAGAUGUACGACAAUUUUGACGAGCAAGGUGAAAGCUAUUAUCGCCUACUCACACGGAAUGGAACCUUUAUUUAUCUGCAUUCGCAAGGCUACUAUGAUACCGUAGACACCGAGCGUAAUGUCUACUCCUUCGUUUGUAUCAACACGCUGUUAGAUGAAGAGGAGGGCCGUUAUUACAUGGAGGAUAUGAAGCGACGAUUUUCCACAAUUAUACAUUCGAAUUUGCCCAUCUCUUCAACAGUGGACGCACCUGCCUCUCACGAUCCGGUACGUUUGGAACGCAGUGUAAUGUUUUUAAUUGACAAUUUACAAACACGUCGUACGCAAGGUAAUGGCACAGGCUGCGGUGAAGAUACCGCUACACAGGCAGACAAUGUGCGAACAAAAACCCGACGUCUGAUGUUGGUGCCGCCGGAAGUCUCCUCGGUGCGCAGCUCAAUCAUGCAAUCGUUGUCUGUGGUGAAUAUUGCUGCUAAGAAUUUGCGCAGAAAUAUACGUCGAAAGGCGCGCAGAGAUUUGCGUAGGGCGCAAAGAGGACCGCAAAGCUGCAGCGAUAGCAGUGAUACAUCCAUCUCAAUAGAUAGCAGUGAUGAAGAUGUUGCGAAUGAACAAAACACUGCUUCGUCCGAUUCCAUGUACACAGAUGCAACGCAAGCGAAUUUGAUGCGGCCAAGCGUGCUGCAGAUGAAUACAGGGGCAUCCACAAGUCAGCGAAGUGCGCUGGAACAGCGCCUAACUGCAUCGACAAUUGGCGAAUUUGAUGCGAGCAAUGCAACACACACACCCGCGUUAAAGCGUGCACGUGCAACGGUAAUGGCAGCUAGUUGUAGCAACGGCAGGUGCAAUAGUGGCAAGAUAAAGAGCACCAAAAUAUACGUUGAAGAAAUCAUUCAUCAACCGAAAACUAGCAUGAGCACGCUACUAACGCCACCCGCAACCACUAUGCCAAUUGCAAGCACGACAGAAAUCCAUGAAGUCAUCAACAAUUCUUUGGAGAACAUCGAUCAGUCGCUACAGAGCAUACAAGCGAAUGCACGCAAUUUGUGCCAACAACAUGCGCAAUUUUUGCCUCAAAAUGUGCCACAGAACUUCAAUCAGCAACUGGAUGAGAUUAUUGUGGAACAUCAGCGCCAAGCUGAGCAGCUCAUUAACAUCAGAAAUGAGUAUGAUGUACAUUUGCAGCAACAGCUGACGCAACAACAACCAUUAGAGUUACAACAAACACAAUUGCCCGCAUUUGAUGAUUUAGCUGCUAUAGAUCUACCGCUAUUGCCGCAGUUGGUAUUUUCCAGCGAUGAACAAUCGCCGCGCAUCGAUGCUGCGCCGAAUGCCAGCAAUUAUGUAGAGGCGAGUGCUACAAUCCUUAGUGAGUUGGAAAAGCGGCUAUAGUGUGUGUGCCAAGUCUGGCCGUGCUGUAACAAUAACAUUGUUGUAAGAGUUAUUUGUGUGUACGCAGCGGCGACGCCGACACCUUCCAUUUGUGUCACAACACAGCGUAGUGUAACCGGAGCUGGUGAGUGUGCAGCUAUUUGUUGUCCCAUCGUGUUAAGGCAACUACAAAAACACUUCAAACAACAAAAAGAAUAGUUCAAACCAAACUAAUUCACUAACAAACAAUUUUCCAAACAACAUUGAUAUGGUGUGCCAGGUGGUGGCAUAGAGCAUAUUUUUGGUGAUUUCACUACAAAGAACAAACAAAAAAUUAUUAAACUAUGUGGUGGCUUAGUAGGAUAUUAGUACACUUAACCUAACUGGUGUGGAGAAUUGUUAGUGUGCAGUUAAGCUAACAAAAAAGAGUUAUAAAGUGUUGAGGCAAAUGAAAAACAAAAAGCAGCAAUUAAUUGACAUUGAAAGUAAAGAAAAAAGUAUAAAGAAAGUUUUAAUAAUUGCACAAUAAUAAAGUCUUGAUAUUGUGUAGCGGUUUUCAAAGUGAUUGUGCGUUUUUUGUGCGCAAAUGCCGGCACGAGCUUAUCGAGUUAAAAAUAGAGAAGCAAGUAGCUUCGAACAGGAAAUGUUACAUGCACAGAGUUUUUAAAUAUGGAACGAUUUUUUACUAAAUAAGCCAAUCGCAGAAUCCGUGAGUUACAUAAUACAAAAUUAACAUUGUUUUUUUUUUAGCUGAAUAUUUUUAUAGAAAGUGCAAGUGAUAGUGCAAAUAAAUUUUAUAACUUAAUAUAAAAAACAAAAUUGUUCAUAACAGUUUAUUAAAACUUUUUAAUUUCCCUACACUUUGUGUAACAAAAAGUUCACUAUGGUUUUCAACAUAAAAGCAAGUGCCAGCUAAAUUUAUAAAAAAUAAUUCUAAAUGCAUUAUGAAGUAAUCAUUUACAUUUUUUUUUCUAAAAUAUUUGUUUUUUGUAAAUUUUGCGAUAAGAAAACCAAGCAUAAUCAAAUAAAAAAAAAUCAUCAGCGCUUUGUAAUUAAGUUAAUUUGUUAUAUGCUCAUAAAGUUGCUCAUAAACAAAUCAAAACUAAACUGACUGUUUUAUAUUAAAAAAAGUGCUAUUAAAAUUUUUUUAUUGCAAAAUAAAUAAAAAAAAAUUCUACAAUUUUAAUAUUUUUCAUAAAUUAUGGCAAACAAAUCCAUAUAAAAUUUGCAUAAUUUUUUUUAGUAAGUUUCGCUUUGAAAAAGGUUUAAAGUAAAAUCAAGUUGAAAUGAAAAAUUAAAAAGUAGUUUGAUUUUUCGGAAAAAGCAAAACAAAUAAAAACAAGUUUGGCUAAUAAACAUUUGUGAAAACAGUCUAUAAAAAUAUUACAACAAAUAUUGAAAGAAUAGAAAUUUCUUAAGAAGAAUCUAUAAAAAUACAUAAUUAUUAAAAAAUCUCAAAUUUAUUUGAUAAUUGAUUGCGAAACAUGCGUAGACAGUUAUGCAAACAAUUUAUUCCGCAAAUUUAAAGAAAACAUUUAUAAACCCGACAACAAGAGCGGUGGUUUGAUAAUAAAAAACGUAAUAUGCAAUAUAGGCCAAAAGUAAGGGCUUGCGCAGAGUAUUUUUUUAUAUAUAUUCGACAAUUUAUAAUAUUAAAAAUUAUAUUUUUUAUAAAAAUAAGCGAAUUAAGUAGAUAUUUUUAUUUACAAAAGCAAAUAAUUAAUUAAUGGAAAUAUGAUAAGAAGUAAUUGAAAGACUAAUAUUUUUAACGCGCUGUGCAAGUUUUGAAAAGAUUUUUUACAAAAAGUAUAAACAAACAUCUUGAGAGAUAGAAUGAACAAUGUACCCAAAACAGUAUGUUAUUAUACAUACAUGACUUUUAUUUUAAAAUAAUAUAUGUAUGUAUAUGUGUACACAUAUAAAAAUUCUGCUUGGAAAUUAUGUACAACAAAAAAUUAAGCCGAACAUAAGAAAUAUUUAAACGCAAGGCCGUAAAAAAUAUAUUACAAAAAAUAAAAAAAUACAUACUUGCUGCAAAAAUAAUAGUGAGAGCUAAUAAUAAGAUUUUUAAAAAAGUUUGCUUGCAUAUUUAACUUUUAUACAAAAGAAAAAACCAAAGAGACAACCUACGACGUCUUGGCUUUCCGAAAAACCCCAAAAAAAAACUUGUCAACGCAUUUUCACUCCAAACGCUUUAGCUGCAAAAAAUUCUCAACACAUAAAUAUAAACAAAAGUUGUUAUAUAUAUUUUAUUUUUUAAACUCUACAUUUUACAAAAUAUUUUAUAUCACUAAUAAGUUUUAAUGCAGGUUUUACAAAUAUGUUUGUAAUGUAUUGUUUUAUAUUUUACUUUAUAAUCGUUUGUCUUAUACAAUUUUAACAUUAACCUUAAGUUUACAAACAAUUAAGCAAAAAUUUAUAUAUUAUUUUCAUGCAUUGUUUUUUAUUAUUUAAUUUUAAUUACCUUUUCUAAGCAGUAAUUAAGUUGUAAACAAGUAAACCCAAAUCAUUGACGAAAUUUUAAGGCAAAGCAAAAUGCGUACAUUUAAGUAAUAUCACUGUUUUUAUAAUGCACACAUACACACAUCAAUAUGUAUACAUGUUUUUAGCUGUUAAUGGUAUAUCUUAAACGGAUAAAAGCAAAUAGUUUUUCACUAAGAAAAGCUUACAAUAAAAAAUAUAAUAAAUACUUAUACAUAUACAUAUAUUUAUGCAUGCAAAUUUAUGUAAAUAUGUAUGUAUAACUCUGCGAGUAUAUAUGUAUGUGCGUGUCGAAAGCCAUAUUUGGAGCGUAUUUAAGGUGCGGUGCUGUUUACACAAUAUUUUGCACAUAAGAGGACUAAAGAACUAAUAAUAAAGGCGAGAGUAAUAUAGAAAGCGUAAGAUAUACAAUUAUACAUAUAUGUAUGUGUAACGUGGAAGUCGUACUAUUUUUAUUAAUUGUAUUAAUAUAAGUAAUAAAUUUAAAAAUAAUAAAGGAAUGUGUCAUUCGAAAAAA